AUGGCGGGGCAGAUGGCGGUACUGGGCUCUGCUGUUCUGGCUCUCCUGUUGGCCAGCUACCUGGCACAGCAGUACUUGCCCAUGCCCACCCCCAGAGUCCUUGGGAUCGACCUCGGCACCACUUACUGCUCCGUCGGUGUCUUCCUGCCUGGAAUAGGAGAGGUGAAGGUCAUUGCAGAUGAGAACGGGCACAAAAGCAUCCCAAGUGUGGUCUCCUUCACGGACAGAGGGGUGUAUGUGGGACAUGCCCUGGAACUGGCUGAUGCCAACCCUCAGAACACCAUAUAUGAUGCCAAGAGAUUCAUUGGGAAAAUCAUCACUUUGGAAGAACUGAAAAAUGAAAGCAGCAGGUAUCCCUUUAAGAUUUUCAACAACAACGGAUCAGCCGAAUUUUCUGUGACAACUAAUGGAACCUUUCACGUCACUCCAGAGCAGAUUGGCUCCCAGCUGCUGCUGAAACUGAAGAGAAUGGCAGAAGCCAACCUUGGCAUGCCCAUUUCCAAGGCAGUCAUGUCUGUGCCAGCAGAGUUUGAUGAAAGGCAAAGGAAUGCUACUGUUAAGGCAGCUAACCUUGCAGGGCUGAGGGUUUUGCGAGUAAUCAGUGAGCCCACAGCUGCAGCUAUGGCUUAUGGACUCCACAAAGUUGAUGUGUUUAAUGUUCUGGUGGUGGAUUUGGGUGGAGGAACUUUGGAUGUGUCUCUGUUGAACAAGAUGGGAGGGAUGUUCUACACACGAGCCAUGGCAGGUAACAACAAACUUGGAGGACAGGAUUUCAAUCAGAGGUUGAUGCUGUAUUUGUAUGAUCACCUCCGUCAAACAUACGGUUCUCUGCCAACCCGAAAGGAAGAGAUUCACCGCCUCAGACAGGCUGUGGAAGCAGUUAAAUUAAAUCUGACUGUUCAUGAGGCAGCUACGCUUGUGGUGUUGACUCUGCCAGAAAACAGGCUUACCAAAGAACUUCCAAAAAGUCAGGUAAAACCAAGCAGUGCGCUAAAAGGUGAGCCUUCACAAAAAACAAGAGACCUGAACAGCCUUGGAGACACUUCCGAAGCAGAGAACGGCUUUGUUGAAGUUGUGUUUGAAAUGGAAAUCUCUCGGAAGCUGUUUGAGAGGUUAAAUGAAGACCUUUUUGAGAAGAUUCUUGUGCCCAUUGAGCAAGUGUUGCAGGAUGGCCACGUAGACAAAGGAGAAGUGGAUGAAAUUGUGUUAGUCGGUGGCUCCACGCGGAUUCCCCAAAUACGUAAAGUUAUUCGGGACUUCUUUGGGAAGGAACCCAACACCUCUGUAGAUCCUGACCUGGCAGUUGUGACGGGUGUAGCCAUCCAAGCAGGAAUUGUUGCAGGGUCCUGGCCUCUUCAAGUCAGUGCCGUAGAAAUCCCUAAUAAGAAUUUACGGAAGACUAAUUUUAACUGAAAAGAAACUCUUCCCAAUUGCAUUCCAGCUCUCCAAAAGUGUGCUCUGAAGGUGCACACUCAUCUGACUGGCAGUGGAGCCUAAUCUUAGCUGUAUUCUAUUUCAUUUUUAUCUGUUCCAGUGAGGUGUUACUGGACACCUACCUGUGUUAAAGCUUGAUGUUACUUUAAAGGUACAAACGAGUUCUGA